AAUAGUUAAAAAAAGUAUACAAUAUAUGAGCCUCACCUCACCCCACCCAUAAGCAGUCUCCACUACAGUAGCCUGCCCAUAUCCAUUUUCUUGGUUGGAUUCUUGACCGGGAAUUGGAUCAGAAAUGGAGUUUCAGGACAACAACAAAUCUCAUGAAGCUGAGAAGCCGGAGGAGAUGAAGAUCAAGGAAUAUGAUAAGAGGAAAAAAAAACUUGGAGGCAUGAAGGCAAUUCCAUUCAUCCUUGUAACUGAAGUAUGCGACAGAUUUUCUACCAUUGGUUUUCAUGCCAACAUGAUAACAUACCUUACUCAGCAGCUGAACUUGCCUCUUGUAAAGGCUUCUAAUAUUGUCUCCAACUUCAACGGAACUGCCAGCUUAACACCCUUGAUCGGUGCUUUAAUUGCCGACUCAUUUGCUGGCCGAUUCUGGACCAUCAUCGUUGGUUCCAUCAUCUAUGAACUGGGAUUGAUUAGCAUCACCACAACAGCACUACUGAAAUCACUGCAUCCUCCACCUUGUCCAUCACUAGUGGACUGCAAAGAGGCUUCAAGUUUCCAACUAAGCACCCUCUACUUGUCUCUAUUCCUCUUAGCUAUUGGCUUGGGUGGCACCAGGCCUUGUGUCAUGACCUAUGCUGCAGACCAAUUGGACAUGAGCAAAUCAGGUGUCGAGUCUCGAAGCUGGAACUUUUUCAAUUGGUACUACUUUAGCUUGGGAUUAGCAAGAUUAGCUGCAGUGACUAUUGUGGUCUACAUACAAGAUAAUGUGAGCUGGGGCUGGGGUCUUGGAAUACCAACUAUUGCCAUGGCUGUAGCUUUCAUGGUCUUUCUAUCCGGUUCUCCACUUUAUAAGAAAGUGAAACCAGGAGGAAGCCCAUUGGUCAGAGUAAUUCAAGUGAUUGUUGCUGCUAUAAGGAAGAGAAAAGCUGUGGCGCCAGAAGAUCCAAGUCUCUUGUACCAAAACCAAGAACUUGAUGCUGCUAUAUCUGUCCAUGGAAGGCUUUUACACACCACUCAGUUCAAGUGGCUUGAUAAAGCAGCAGUAGAGAAGUAUGGUGAGGCAACAGAUUCCAGUACACCAAAUCUGUGGAAGCUAGCUACCGUGCAUCGAGUAGAGGAGCUAAAAUCCUUCCUCAGAUUGCUUCCAGUUUGGGCAGCAGGGAUUUUACUUGUCACUGCAAAUUCACAUAGUGGCAGCUUCAAUACACAACAGGCUCGCACCAUGGAUCGUCGUCUGUCGAAUUCCUUCCAAAUUCCUCCUGCUAGUAUGUCCUUCUUUGGCAUCAUGACCGUGAUCAUAGGGCUUGUUCUUUACGAACGCCUCUUCGUGCCCUUUGUGCGUAGAUUCACAAGAAAUUCUGCAGGCAUCACAUACCUACAAAGAAUGGGCAUAGGCCUACUCUUCAACAUUCUCUUUUCUGUUGUUGCUGCAUUGGUUGAGAAAAAGAGAAGAACAGUGGCAGAAAAUCAUAACUUAGUGGAUAACCCUAAAGCCACCGUUCCUAUAAGUGUGUUCUGGCUUGUUCCUCAGCUUUCCCUCCAUGGAAUGUCAGAAGUCUUCAUGGCUGUUGGACAGUUAGAAUUUCUAUAUGAUCAAUCACCAGAAAGCAUGAGAAGUAUUGCCUUGGGAUUGUUUUGGAUAGCAAGUUCUGUUGGAGAUUACUUGGGCACAUUGAUGGUGUCACUGAUUCAUGAGUACACAGGACACAAGAACAAUUGGUUACCUGACAGGAACCUGAACAUAGGAAAGUUGGACUAUUAUUAUUGGCUUGUAACUGGGAUCCAAGCUAUAAAUUUUGUGUAUUUUGUGAUUUGUGCUUGGUGUUACACUUACAAGCCCUUGGACGAGGUCAUGGAAGAAGAUUCAGUCUAGUGGUGUUGAUGAAGUUAGUAAAUUUUAGUUGUAAUGGAUUAAUGUAAUUUAAACCGCCUUCAUUCACCAUGUUUUGAGGAUAAGGAAAACAUUUUCCAAUUAAAUAAAUAAGUAUUUAUUAUUAUAA